UUUGUUGUUAUGAUCAUUUCUCUUUGUACUUUCAUUUGUAUGCUUAGCCUUAGAUUCAUCACUCAUUAGCAAUUCCUGUUCCGUUUGCUUUGAAGUCAGCGUGUUUAUGCCAACAAACUGGAAGUCAUUCUAUUUCCGUGUGGCAUCCUGGAUUGACAUUAGAGUCAAGAAGAGAGAUUUAUUCUGAGUGCUUUACACACGCACGCACAUUUAUGUAAUCCAUCCUUUGAAUGAAGCAGACAAAAAUAGCAGCUCCGUAAGAACUGUGGGAUGAAAUCUUCAGAAUACAUUAGCAUUUCUUGCUUUAAUGUCAAAUGGGGUCAGUAAAGAUCGUGAUGUGAUGUUUUUCUAAUGAAGUUUGCGCAGUUAUGCACAGUGAAGCAGCGUCCUAAUUGGCGAUGGUACCUGCCACAAUCUGUGGUAAUUAUCCCGAAAAUCAUGUCAUCAGCAUCGCAGCGGGACCCAAUUUGCGUGGAAAUCAGUCCCCGAAGUAGAGGUGCUCCGAAUCGUCUCAUCCUUGCGUCCGUAACACCCAGUAGUAGUUCCCAAAUCCUUCCCAUGAGCUGUCACUAAUCCCAUUGAUUCCUGUAAACCCUUUUCUCCCUGAGUGGCUUUGUUGAUGGCAUUGGGAUCUAUCUACCCGGCCCAAAACAACCCUGCAGGGAUCAUUAAGUCCCUCCCCAUUCUCUCCCUGCCCUUGCGUGCUUUUCUGAUUUUAAGAGAGCUCCCUUUCAUCUCGCAACGUUUGAUCUGGGUGCAAAGGCCACCUGUUCGAGUCGUGGCAAGGAGUGAGGCUUUCAUGCACUCCAAUUUGUACUUGCGCGCCGUCCCCGGGGUAUCGAGAGGGCGUUACUCCUGAUCUUCAUCCAUUAGGAGACAAAACUUAGACGUCAGACCCGGAUGCAGACCUCUCGUCGGCAGACAGAAAAUCUGCCAGCCCAGUUUCUUUGAGUGAGAGACUGCCACGAUUGUGUGUAUUUCUGUCUAGAAGACCUGGUCCACUCAAGGAGUACCUUUCCUUAUGCGGCAUGUAGUCAUGGAAACCAGGCUUUGCACCGGUUUGCUGAGGAUGAUUUACAUGCAUCGCCACAGUGAUUGAGUACAAGGGGGCUGCUUGACGACCUUUAUGGAUUGUGUUCUUGUGGAAUUGAAGGGACGGUGCUGAAAGUGCCUUGCUCAGUGGGAGCCUGCGGCUGUUUCUUUUCUCGGCAGCACGGAAGAGAGAGAGCUUGGCUGGACCACCAACGAAGCAGCACGCAGAGGAAAACCUGUUAACUGCUGCCCAGGGUCUCCCUGCUGCCGUGUUGAGCAGAAUCUUCCCCAGUCGGCUGAACGUGGGCGGAAUAGUGAGCACUUCCUGCCUGGAUUAAGUCCUCUCCUGCAUUUAUGUAUGGUUUACAGCAGUGUUUACUCGUGCAAUCAUCCGCAGACCUCCGCUCGUUGGUUGCCAUGGUGAGAAAGGGGAUACUCCCCUCAGCUUGGCGGUGUGAGAAUGAUAAUGAGGGGACUGUCCAGGACGUUUUCUUGGGAAGGAGUAAGCGCUCAUUCUAACCGGCAAUGGACGUGUUGACACAACAAAAAACUACCUCCGGCAUUAUUCUCUCUGCAAGACGUGAAUGCGUGCCACCGGGUGUCCAGCCGGUGUCCUUACUAAGGCUCCGUGGGGAGACACGUGGGGGUUUGGUGAGCCACGGCUUGCUUCUGCACAUCUAAUAUUCAGUAUUUCUCUGUGCCGACCGAAAGGCUGAAGCUGUGGGUGUAUUUUUCUGUCAUGGCUGCUAUCAGUGGUGGCACAGGAGCGUCUCACGUCGGCUCCACACUCGACCAGGAUCUGUUCGGGGUGGACCAGAGAUGGAGCAAAGAGUGCCUCUACGAGGAGAGCCUCCGCUACAAGCGGGACAAGAAGAUCCGGCUGAACGUGGGGGGAGCUCACUUCGAGACCCGGCUGAGCACACUGAAGAGGCACCCCAACACACUGCUGGGCAGUGAGGAGAGGGAGUACUUUUACAACGACGACACCAACGAGUAUUUCUUCGACCGGGAUCCGGAUAUUUUUCGGCUGGUGUUGGGAUACUACCAGACGGGGAAGCUUCACUACGUGAACCAGGAGUGCAUCUCGAUGUACGACGACGAGCUGACGUUUUUUCGAAUACCUGCCUCGGAGAUCGGUGACUGUUGUUAUGCAGACUAUGAGGAGAACCGAGAGUUGGUCAAGCUGAGGACGAUGAUUGACAGCUUUCACAGGUGUCACUUCUUCAAUCCGACGCUAAUGAGCAUGCGGGAACGCCUGUGGAGGAAACUUUCGUACGACGUAACCGUUACCGGGUUUUGGAUGUCGCCGCCGACAGUGAUCAUGACGUUCGUUGUCUUAAUCUGCACCAUUCUUGCAAUUAUGGAAACCGUGCCUUGUGGAACUUUCGACGGUAGGCCUGAUUCGAAGCGCUGUGGGGAGGAAUAUAAGAAUCUAUUUUUCUACUUGGACACGAGCUGCGUGACGAUAUUCACAUGUGAGUACCUGCUGAGGUUAUAUGCUGCGCCGAACCGUACUGCUUUUGCGAAAAGCUGCCGUAGCUUGAUAGACAUAGUCGCUGUAAUGCCGUACUAUCUGGGUAACAUAAUCGGAUCCAAAUCCCUUCUCGGGUCUUUCCAGACUGUGCGUGUUGUCCGAUUCUUGCGGGUCUUCUACUACUCCAAGGGACUGUACAUCCUGUUCCGAACGCUGCAGUCCGUUGCCAUGGAAAUGGGAUUUUUCCUGAUAUCCUUGUCGGUGACAAUCAUCCUGUUUUCCACCAUUAUGUACUACAUGGAGAAAGCGUUUGCCUUUGGUACGUUCACGAGCAUUCCCGCCACGUUCUGGUUCGCGAUCGAAACCAUGACGACGACGGGUUACGGGGACCUUGUGCCACAGUCGUACAUGGGGAAGUUCAUCGGGGGAGUCUGCUGCAUCAGUGGGAUCCUCCUCAUCACCCUGCCAGUAUCCAUUACGGUGUCGAAUUUCAGCCGGUUGUACCACCAGGUCAUGGACCGGACUGACAUGCGGCAGCACCGUCUCGACGACAUGCAGGUAACUGUUUGUUUGUUUGUUUGUUUCUUUUGUUUGCUGAAUGUCAUUUUGCUGGAUGGAGGACAAAAACUGUUGAUAAUUAUUGUUAUUGUUAUAAUGAUAUGCUAAAAUGUGUUUCUAUCAUUUGUUUAUUGAUUGUCAUCACAUUUGUGGACGAGUGACAAAAAGUGUUCUUCUAAAAUCUCUUUCUAUCAGCGUGACAGAUGACCUGUUAUUUGAAUUUGUUAAUUUCACAAAACCCACCCAUUGCAGGAAAAAGUGACACUCUGUAUUCUAGUUCCACAGCUUCCAAAAAUGGAGUGAA